UGAGUCGCGACUCCUCCCAGCGCCGUGCCUGCCAUCCACAUCGUCGUCGCCAUGUGCCCUCUUCUCCCCUGAACCGCGCCGCCCUACUCGCCGCCGGCGAACCCAGCGCUGCCACCUCCCCCCAUCCGCGCCGCCUCCCUGAACCGUGCCGCCUCCAUCAGCCGCCUCCGCCUCCCGUCGGCGAGCACCACCCCCAGUUGCGCAGCCGGAGUGCCUAGCGCCGCCGCCGUCUUCGCCCGAAAAUCCUGCCACCAAAACGCGCCGUGGGACUAGAUCCGCCUUUGAUUCCUUCUCCAUGGAUGGGGGCGGCUUCAAUUUCUUCCCCCAGGAGGCCAUGGCGUCGUCCGGCAUCCUGGACCUCAACUCAUAGGUGCAGGCAGCCGAGGGAUUCCCCCACAUGCAGGAGUACGGCGCCUACCUCCAGGGUGACGAUGAUGAAGCAGCUGACCGCGGGCGUGUCUCCGGGCCCCAUCCCCCUCGCGCACCACUCUCUCUGGGAGUGCCAAACCAGCGUGCGGGGCGAGGGGCCGGCUGGGCGGCUCGAUGUCCACUGAGCGCCCAUCACCUGAACUUUGGCGCUUCAUCCUCGGCGGCAGGCAGCCGCGGUGGACAAGACGACGUCGUGCCGUCAUGGCCUACCCAUAGCGGAGGCAAUAGCGGCCUUUUCAUCAGUGGGUUGGCGGCGGUGGCAAGCGGUGGCGGCCGUGGCUACGCCAACUCUUCCUCGGUGGCACCGGGCCGCCAUCGGGCGAGCUCCAACUCCUCCAACUGUGGCGGCACCCACGGACGUGGUGGCCGCGGUGGGCGUGCAGCUAGGAGCGCCGGCCCUCUGCAAGCACCCGGCGGCGGCUACACCGACGUCGAUGAUGAAGGUGCAUGGGAGGAGGUGGAAUAUGGCAGCUCCGGCGUCCCUCCGAUGAGCAAUGGCUCUCGAGCAAACUGGUCUGAUAGGAAUAAUGGUUAUUUGUUAGCUUUGUGCCUAGAGCAAGUAAGAGCAGGACACUAUAAUGGAUGUCAAAUGAGUGGUGAAGGGUACCAAGCUAUAGCCGACGGCUAUUUUGCAAAAACUGGAUUGUUGCAUACCAGAUUGCAGUUGAAGAAUCAGAUUGCCAUACUUAAAAGCACGUACUCCUUCUGGUGCUACUUGCAAAUUCACACGGGUCUAGGGAGAAACCCAGAUGGAAGUGUUGAUGCUGAUUCUGAGUAUUGGAAGCCACAUCUAGAGAUGGGUCAGGGAGAAGAUGAUGAUGGAGGCAGCACAUCAUCAAGUGAGGAUGAGAUUAUUUCCAUGUGUCGCAAGAAUUUGAAGAUGGCCCAGAAUUUUGUUGCGCAAAUGGUCCCUAUCUUCGGUAUGUACUCUGAUAACUACUUUGUUAAACUGCCAAGAAGACAGGAUGGAGAAUCUGGUUUACAAUGGGUUCAGAGGACUUUAAGAAGAGAUAACUCUUGCUACAAAAUGUUUAGGGUUGAGCGGCCUUUAUUUAAUAGAUUGCAUAAUACUUUGGUCGAGUCGUAUGGUUUACAGUCAACAUCACAAAUGACAUCUAUAGAGGCUCUUGCAAUGUUUUUAUGGAUUGUUGGUGCACCACAGCCAAUUAGACAGGCAGAGGACCGUUUUCGGAGGUCUAUGGAGACAAUAAGCCGGACAUUUAACAGUGUUUUAACCUCUAUCCUUAGGUUAGCACAUCACAUGAUUAAACCAAGGGACCCAGAUUUUACAGAGGUGCAUCCUACCUUGGAUAAUCCAAAUUUCUGGCCACACUUCAAGAACUGUAUAGGAGCAAUAGAUGGGACUCACGUAAAGCUUGUGGUGGGAAAGAGUAAGAGGAUUCAAUACUUGAACAGGAACAAUGAAACCUCACAGAAUGUUCUUGCGGUUUGUGAUUUCGACAUGAGAUUUACCUUUGUGUUGUCGGGAUGGCCUGGUUCAGUACAUGAUAUGAGAGUGUUUAAAGAUGCAAUGACCACUUAUGGUCACAAAUUUCCACAUCCACCACCAGGGAAGUAUUAUAUGGUUGAUGCGGGAUACCCAAACCGGCCAGGCUACCUUUCACCUUAUAGAUGUACAAGGUACCAUGUAGAGCAAUGGAAAAACACCCACCCACCCCCCCCCCCCCCCCCCGCCACAAGGUAUGAAAGAAACUUUUAACCAUGCACAUUCCCAAAUUAGGAAUGUCAUAGAGAGAUCUUUUGGAGUUUUGAAGAUGAAAUGGAGGAUAUUACUGAACAUGCAAAAAUUUCCAGAACAUAAGCAAACUAGAAUAAUUGUGGCUUGCAUGGCUCUUCAUAAUUUCAUUAGAGAGAGCGGAAUUGCGGAUAGAGAAUUUGCUAUGUCUGAUGCGGAUGCAAAUUAUUUACCAAUGCCUAUUCCCUCUCAAUCCGAAUGGCCAGAAGAUGAACCUCUUGUUGAAGAUAGCAACAUGAAUGAAUUCCGUGAUGAGUUGGCACAUGAUUUGUUUUAUGGCUUGUAGUGUUUUUUUCGGUUCAUUAUGUACUUAAUGCUAGUGUCACAUGCAUGAUCUGGAGAGCCUUGUAGGUUUAGCACUAGCAGUGAAAUAGUAUUUGCUGAAUCUGGACUAUUAGUUAUCUGAAAUGCUGACUUUGGUUGGUUGUCUCCUGUUAUGCCAGCAGAUUAUAUCAAGUUUACUUUGUUAAAUUUAUUAGAAGGUGUUUGUCAGUUGUCACUGCGUUUCAGGAACACUCCAGGUGUUGUUUUCAGUUCGAAGUCUAGUGACACUAAAACUGCAUUGGUGUAUCUCCUGGUAUGUUGUCACUUGACAUUUUCUGAUGCCUAUGGAUCUGCCACCGCCACGGCAGGAAAGCAGCUACCAGUGAUGUUUAUUCCUUACCUCACCUGCAAUGCAAGAGAGUGGUUUGCUCGUGUCCCAAUGGAAGCCUGCUUUCAUUUUUCGUCAGGGGAGGAUGAAAUGCGUUAAUAAUUACUCUAAAAACUGUAAGCAAUCGGAUGAGACGUCUCAUGUGUACUACAAAUUAUACUUGUGUUUGAAUAAUAUAUGCACAUGCUUGAA